CAUGUUGGGUAAUCACAGUUCCUGUUUUGUGGCGGGCACUCAUUAAUAAGUUUCUUUUCUGAACCAAUAUGAGAGUGAAAUUAUGGCGAAAUAUCUAACACUCUGGCUCGAUAAUGGGCAACUACAUUCAGCUUGAGCAAGAAGAAUGCCCUGAGGAAGGAAGAGGGUCUGGAAUGAUGUCCACCGUUAUAUCGUCGGGGAGGGCUUCCUCGCUGUCUGUGUCCGAAGUUUUAAAACAAUUUCGGAGUGAUCCCGAACGCGGUUUGGCAAACGAUGAAGUUGAAAGACGAAGAAAGCUUCACGGUUUAAACGAAUUUGAUGUGGUAGAGGAUACGCCGCUCUGGAGAAAAUAUAUUGACCAGUUUAAAGAGCCUAUGAUUGUGUUACUGCUGGCGUCAGGACUGGUUAGUGUAGCUAUGGGUCAGUAUGAUGAUGCUGUCAGUAUAACAGUGGCCAUAAUAAUUGUUGUUACAGUAGCAUUUGUUCAGGAAUACCGUUCUGACAAGUCAGUGGAAGCCAUCAAGAAACUUGUCCCACCUGGCUGUCACUGUAUUCGUGAAGGCCAGGUAGCAGAUUUUUUGGCUCGCAGUUUAGUCCCUGGAGAUCUAGUCACCAUUUCAGUAGGAGAUAGAGUUCCAGCAGAUUUAAGGCUAAUCGAGGCUAUAGAUUUGAAAAUAGAUGAAUCAAGUUUUACUGGUGAGACUGAACCAGCAAGUAAAACAACUGAUAUGAUUCCUCCAUCCAAAUCAAGUGGAGGGAUCUCACAAAGAAGAAACAUUGCUUUCAUGGGUACUUUAGUCCGUUGUGGCCGUGGCAAGGGUGUUGUCACCGGUACUGGUGAAAAUUCAGAAUUUGGUGAAGUUUUUAAAAUGAUGAAAGCAGAAGAGCCUCCGAAGACUCCUCUUCAAAAAAGCAUGGACAUCUUAGGAAAACAGUUAUCUUUUUAUUCCCUUUGUAUCAUAGGACUUAUUAUUCUUUUGGGAUGGCUACAAAAGAGAGCUAUUCUAGAGAUGUUCACCAUUGGAGUCAGCUUGGCAGUAGCUGCCAUCCCAGAGGGUCUUCCCAUAGUGGUCACUGUAACUCUAGCACUUGGUGUGAUGAGAAUGGCCAGAAGAAAUGCCAUUGUCAAAAAGCUUCCCAUUGUGGAGACUCUCGGGUGUGCUAGUGUGAUUUGUUCUGAUAAGACUGGCACACUGACCAAGAAUGAGAUGACAGCGACACAGAUAUUCAGUGCUGAUGGACACUAUGCAGAGGUUUCUGGGGUGGGUUACAAUGGGUGUGGUCAUGUAACCAUUGCAGGCCAAACUCUAACGCCAAACAGCAACUUGUCUAUAACUAAAGUUAUCGAGGUUGGUUAUCUAUGCAACAAUGCACACAUUCAAGAUGGCUCUCUAUUUGGCCAGCCAACAGAAGGUGCCCUUAUAGCUGUUGCACUCAAGCUUGGUAUUGAUGACCCAAGAAACAUGUACAAACGUACGGAAGAAAUUUCUUUCAGCUCAGAGAAGAAGUGGAUGGCUGUAAGAUAUAGAAAACAGGACAAUUCAGAGGUGUAUUAUGUGAAGGGGGCACCUGAGAAGGUGUUACAGCAGUGCACAUCAUACUGCAGGCACGGUUCUGUUGUCCCACUUGUUGCUAAGGAUUUGGAAACGUUUAGUGAUGCUGUUGCUGCCAUGUCAUCCAAAGGACUUAGAGUGAUAGCCCUGGCCAUGGGAACCGACUUGCAGCAGCUGUCAUUCCUGGGUAUAAUGGGUCUACUUGACCCCCCCAGACCCGGUGUGCGUGAGGCUGUCCAUACGCUGCUAGAGAGUGGGGUGGAGGUCAAGAUGCUGACAGGAGACGCGCGGGAGACUGCACUUACUAUCGCGGAAAUCCUGGGAAUUCAUGUCAAGGGAAGGUUAACUUUGUCGGGAGAAGAGCUAGAAGCGAUGGACAGUUUUCAAUUAGGAGACGCCAUACAUCAGGCGUCGGUGUUUUAUCGAGUGAGUCCCAGACAUAAAGUAGCUAUUGUUAAGUCUCUACAGCAGCGUGACCACGUGGUGGCGAUGACUGGUGACGGCGUAAAUGACGCAGUGGCUCUUCGCCGAGCUGAUAUCGGCGUGGCUAUGGGUCGAGCGGGGACUGAUGUGAGCAAGGAGGCAGCAGACAUGGUGUUGGUCAAUGACGACUUCUCCACCAUCUUGGCUGCCAUCGAGGAAGGCAAAGGAAUCUUUUACAACAUCAGGAACUUUGUUCGUUUCCAGCUAAGCACGAGCAUUGCAGCGAUUUCUUUAAUCACAAUAUCAACGUUUCUAAAGCUUCCCAAUCCUCUGAAUGCCAUGCAGAUUUUAUGGAUUAACAUCAUCAUGGAUGGACCUCCCGCUCAGAGUCUCGGCGUGGAACCCGUGGACCGUGAUGUCAUGAAUAAACCCCCGCGAAACGUUAAAAACCCAAUGAUCACUAGGGCCCUUAUAAUGAACGUUCUCUUGUCCGCUAGUCUUAUAGUAACUGGCACACUCUGGGUCUUCUGGAGAGAGAUGAGAGACAACAUCAUCACUCCACGUGACACUACCAUGACGUUCACGUGCUUUGUGUUCUUUGACAUGUUCAACGCGCUUAGCUGCCGUUCACAGGUCAAGUCGAUCUUCCAAGUAGGUUUCUUCACAAAUCGAAUGUUCCUUUACGCCGUUGGCGGUUCUCUGAUGGGACAGAUGUUAGUUAUUUACUUCCCUCCUCUUCAGGCUGUCUUUCUCACGGAGGCUCUUCACUGUACUGACCUUUUGUUAUUAGUUUGCAUUGCGUCUUCCGUUUUUCUUGUGGACGAGAUCAGAAAAAUGGUUUUAAGAACUCUCUCUAGGCGCAAAGAGCCUCCAAAAGACUUCCAGUAUUACGUGUGACAAGACGCCGAGUCCGAAUCUACACUUCUGCACACAUCUACAAUAGUUAUCGACUGGUAUCCGAUUUGCACUCCCUCAACAGAUCAAAUAAUUGCACUCUGCAGGGAAACGAGCCGUUAUAAAAGUCGAGUCCGUGUCUGCGAGAAUUACCUGAGCUGGAGCGUUUCGCUUCGUGGUCAGUGGGGCUGUUAAGCAACAUUGAAUAUCCGGUCUCUUCAUGUCUGAGACGCAACGCACCUCUCAGAAUUGGCUGAGAAAACAAUAGCGCAAAAUCAGAAGCAAUGAACCAAUAGAAGUGCGUGAAACAGGGAGCCAAUGAAAUUGCAGGUUCUGAAGAGGUGCGGGGCGUCCGUCAUGUCUCAGAGGGUUCUCGUGCUUGUUUGUGAUGUGGUAUCAAGAAUCGUUUAUCUUCGUACACUUGUGCGAGUACUGAUCAUUAUCAGCCAAUGAUUCACGUAUUUCAUGUACAAAUGAAGUUCAUUUUAUGUAAAAGUAGUGAAUAUUAAUAUAUAUAAAUUCUCAGAAUUUUGCGUCUUGGAGCUAGGCCUCCUUACAGCCGUUAACUCUCUCUCCUACCAUAGACAACUGCGACGUUAACUGGUGUAGGUUAUAUGAGUAGAUUAGAUAACAAGGUGUAAAUAGCUAGAAAAGUAACAAACAAAACAGCGGUAUAGUAGCUGAACACCUUUGGGAAAUAAAUCGUUUUAUUGAAUUGUCAAAGUAUUCAGCCCUCCUUUGCGGAAAAAAAAGUCAUAAAAAAGUAAAGAUGCCAGGACCAAACUGACUUAAGAACAUUUUAACAUGUUAAAACAGUUUUUGUUUUUCGAAAAUCGUUUACAUUUCUGCAUAUGCUCGUACGUUUACAAUUUGAAUGUAACUUCUUGAAAUUUGCUUUCUUCAUCAGUUCCUCCUUGUAAAGGGAGGGGGUUUAAGGUUUAUCAAUAUUUGUCAAUUUAUUUGACAAUUUACUAUGCAUGUCUUCUUCCUUUGCGUUUCUUUUUUACCAUGUAUGGAGCAAAAAGGCCCAGACAGACGCACGCAGCAUUUCAACGUAACAUAUUGCAACAUCGUUGAGCCCAGCAUGUUGCACACGUCUGGUGAUCCUGUUACACCAUCCAGCAUUUUGCAACGUUCAUAAAGUGACUGUUAUAAAAGCAAGCAACAUCAUGUUAUCUCCAGGAUGAGAAUUUUAACACAACAAGCAGAAAUAAUGUUAGAAAAAGGACAAGUAUGCAUCAGGUAUGAGUGGAAACGCUUUCAACUCCUCAUUCCUAGAUGCAGUUUCGCUCUGUUUCAUAUGCGAGCAGAACUGUGAUUUAGUAAAGUCAACUUUGUUAAGCUGCACGCAUUAAUGAAGUCAGUGACUUUAUUUAGCCAAUGGUAUGUGGAGAAACUGUACCUUAAUAAAUUGAAAGUAAUUAAACUCUAAAGGAAGUUGAA